CGUUCUCUUUUGACUCUGAAAAAGAACCCGGAAAAUCCUCGCCGCCCCUUUUUUCUUCUCUCGCGCGCCAUAUUGCUGGCGGCGCGGUCGCGCGGAGCUUUGGCCUCGCCGGAGCCUAAUCCCCUCAGGCCCUCACCCUCCAUUCUCUCCCAAAAGCACCCUAAUCGCGGGCGAAGGACACCUCGGCUCGCCUCUCCGUUUCUAUCUAUCUCUUGCUCGUUUCACGCCGGCGGUGGGUGAGACCGCCUAGGGGGACGCAGCGAUGUCGUCCGCGGCGGGGGCGCCAUCGGAUGGCGGAGGAGAUAGGCCGUGGCAGUCAUACCACACCGCGUACACCAACGGCAAAGCCGGAAUGGAGGGAGUUGACAAAGAGAAGGUGCAGAAGGUAAUUUAUGAAAUGAGCAAGGGUUCAAAAUAUUUCGAAAAUGAGCAGAAGAAGGAGGCAAUUACCAAACAAAAAAUUGAACAUCUGCGUGCACAGUGUGCAAAGCUAAAUGACAAUGACAUAUCACAUUUUCAGAAGGUUGCUGAAAAGAAAAUUUUAGAGUUGGAAGCUUCACGAGAUCUUUCAAAGAUCUGGCUUCACACUGACAUGGAUGCUUUCUAUGCUGCUGUUGAGAUAUUGGAAAAUCCAUCCUUAAAGGGGAAACCGUUGGCAGUAGGUAGCAUGUCUAUGAUAGCUACCGCUAGUUAUGAGGCACGGAAAUUUGGAGUUCGUGCAGCAAUGCCUGGUUUUAUUGGAUGUAAACUGUGUCCUGACUUGGUUUUUGUGCGUCCAAAUUUUGAGAGAUACACUCAUUACAGUGAAUUAGCAAGAAAAGUUUUUCAGAGGUAUGAUCCCAACUUCUUUGCAACAAGUCUAGAUGAAGCAUACCUCAAUAUUACAGAAGUCUGCAUAGAGAGAGGCAUUACGGGUGAGGAGGUUGCCUCUGAGCUUAGGGGUGCCAUUCACCAAGAAACUGGUCUAACAUGUAGUGUUGGGGUUGCUCCGAACCGCAUGAUUGCAAAGGUUUGCUCUGAUAUUAACAAGCCUAAUGGACAAUUUAUUCUGCCAAAUGAACGGGAUGCUGUGACGACAUUUGUAUCAACCUUACCUAUAAGAAAGAUAGGUGGUAUAGGUAAGGUAACAGAACAGAUGCUACAUCAGGUUCUUGGAAUUACUACAUGCCAGCAGAUGCUACAAAAGGCUGCUUUCUUAUGUGCUCUUUUUUCUGAAGGCUCCACUGAUUUCUUUCUUUCGGUUGGCCUUGGAUUAGGAGGUACAGAAACUCCUGAGCAUAGGCUAAGAAAAAGCAUGAGUUGCGAGCGAACUUUCUCUGCGACAAACGACUAUUCUUUGCAGUUUGAGAAGUUAGAUAAUCUCGCCGAAAAUUUAGCUGAUGACCUGCAAAAGGAGUGCUUGAAGGGAAGGACGCUAACACUGAAACUAAAGACUGCAGCUUUUGAGGUUAGGACGCGAGCAGCAACUGCACAAAGCUACAUCAGCUCCAAGGAAGACAUCCUGAUUUGUGCUAAGAAGUUGCUUAAGGCUGAACUGCCUCUUUCUUUAAGAUUGAUGGGGUUGCGCAUGUCUCACCUUUGUGGCGAGAAGGAUGAUCCAACUAUCCCAACACAAAAGACACUAGAUCGGUUUUUUCGUUUGUCAGAUAAUAACUCGAAUGUCAACCGAACAAAUGGUGCAAGUUCCAAUGAUGCCUCAGGAGGGGAUGACUGUAAUAUUGGUGCGACAACGAAGGAUGAGUGUUUGAUACAUGAUGCUGUUACUGAUAUCUCCAGUGAUCAACAUACAUUCUUCUCAAAUGAUGAGAACAUAUUUGUUCCAGAAGAAAGGAGCUCGGUCAAUUAUGAUAAUGAGGUUGUCUCAAGCAACCUACUUACUUGUGAUGAUUUAGGUGGAACAAAAUUAGAUGGCAACACUUCCAAUUCGAAGGUUACACAGAGUGAGAAGUUUGAUGAUCUGAGCCACUUCACCAGCUGCAAAGCUUCUGCUUCAUCGAGCAAACCCAACCAGCAAUUUUGGGUAGAUGGCUACAUUUGUUCCCUCUGUGGAUUCGAACUACCUCCGUGUUUUGAGGAGGAAAGGCAAGAACAUUCAGACUUCCACUUGGCUGAACUGUUGCAACAGGAAGAAGCAUUAGACAGCAGCGGGCACCUCACAAAGGAAAGGUUGGCUGAAAGGCAGUCUACUACACCCACACCUAAGAAGAAACUGAAGUCAUCCAAAGAAGGAAAACAUAUACCUAUUGAUUCUUUCUUCCUAAAGCAUAAUAAGAAGUUGUAAGAUAUCAUCUACUCCCUCCGAUCCUAAAUUGUUGUCGAAAUAUUACAUGUAUCUAGACGCUUUUUAAGAAUAGAUACAUCCAUAUUUGGGCAAAUUUGAGUCAAGAAUUUAGGAUCAGAGGGAGUACAUAUGUUUAGGCAACAUUGUAAUCCUCCCGAGUGGAUUCCCCCUUUAACAAACUGGUGUACAGGUACUUCUUUUCUGUUCGUAAGAAUACUAUGUAAACUCACCUCGGGACACUUAGUUACUGGUUGUGAAAGACGGUGAGUUGUCUGAAGAUAAAAUGAUGUC